UCCGGCCGUCACUUGUCCUGCUAAACCUCAUCCGCUUGUUUUCGUCUGUUCUGCUGCUCAACGCCACAUUUCCCCCAAACUACUUUCUUUUUGUAUAAUGAAGACAUAAAAACGUAAACAAUUUCGGUUGUUAUACCGGCCUUGCAACAUGUCCGCACUAAGCACCUCCACCAGCAAGCUGAAUGUAUUAGUCAACAAGCUUCAUGAAUACUUGGCUCAUUCCAACAUUGAAGACAACAAUGGCACACAAUCACCUGAGGACAUGGAUGGUCAGAUAAACAAGAGCUGUUCUGUUGGAAACUCAACAAGUCAUGCUCUGAUGGAGACAGGCCUGGACACUAGAUACUCAAGGAGAAAACCUUCAGUUGUCAUAAAGCACUCCGGACUAGACGAAUCUGGGGACUCGAAUGGAAGUGAGGACGUGGACUUACCAGUCAGUGCAAAUGGGCGCUUGGAUGUCACCAGGUUGCCUAAAGGGACAGUACUGGUCAGACCUGAACCAGUAGAUAACGGAAGAGAUGAUUUCAGGGGCCCAGAGUUUCGGAGCCGGAAAUCCAAUGUGCUGCGCAGAGAGUUUCCAAAGAGACGUGGAGGAGAUCAACAUGUGGGAAUUGUUUGUUGCACUGCUUGUGGCCGACAAGUUAACCACUUCCGAAAGGAUUCCCUAUAUCGACAUCCGGUUCUGAAAGUACUGAUUUGCAAGACUUGCUACAAAUAUUAUUCCAGUGAUGACAUCAGCAAGGAUGGAGAUGGCAUGGAUGAGCAGUGCAGGUGGUGUGCUGAAGGAGGAAACUUGAUCUGCUGUGACUUCUGUAGUAACGCUUUCUGCAAGAAAUGCAUUCUAAGAAAUUUGGGGAGGAAGGAACUGUCUGGGAUCUUGGAGAGCAAAUGGUACUGCUAUGUGUGCAGCCCAGAACCGCUGUUCGACCUGGUGGUUGCGUGCGACAGCGUGCUGGACAACAUCGAGCGUCUUUGGUAUCAGCAGCGAAAGAGGAAUCGAGUUGAGCCUGAGAAAUCCGAACUGUACCACAUGUUGCCGCACGCGCCGCAGAACAUCCCGCUGGACAAAUGGGAUCACAGUGGCAUGGAUGGAAACGUGGUCUUCAACUACAACUCUCUGCAAGUGUCCAAAGACAUGACAAAAAAGGUCAAACACUUAGUGGAAUCCACAAAUGCCUUAAACCAAACGUUUGUCAGUUUUAUUCGAAGUGUUACAACAAACAAACGGGCGCCUGACGUUCGUAAUGCAUAUCUGAACUCUUUUCUGGCUGUGGUGAAAAGCUUACGGAAAUCUCUCUCAGCACUUGAGGAUAGCCUUAAGGAGGAAUUCAGUGACUUGGAUCUGUUGAGCAUUUGGCAAAAGGUCCUUUGCAAUGACUUUGAUCCUCUUCUAACAGAAGCAGAAAUUGAACUUGAUAUUGCUGAAGAAGGAGGACUGAGUGACUUGCAGAAACAGGCAGCUGAGCAUUUUGAAGAUAAUGAUUCUGAUUCCAAGGAAUACACUCCUGGGAUAGGUCCACAAGACUGCUCCGGGAAGGAGAUGGAUGCAGAUUCAUGCGAAGACGGAGAGAGAGCACAACAGGCUGGCCUGAAACCUUCAGAGAGUCAGGUUGACUUGAGCAAAAAACUGGUAGUACAACUCACACCCGUAGCCAUGGAGCAGGAACCAUCUCCUGAUGCUCCAAAGAUGGAGGAUGACGACCUCCAGAAGAAAGAGAAGAAGUCAAAGGGAAAACAUGUACCAAAGGAUGAAGAAACAAAUGUUAGCAAUGACAGUUCUUUGUUCCUAGAGGAAGAAAAGGGCAAUAGACGUUCUCCUCGUGUGAAGACGACUCCUCUCCGCCGACCGAGCGAGGUCACAACUAAAAGAUCCCUCACGGGAGAAGAGAGUGACAGUGAUUCCGAUCCCGAGGCGACGCCCAACACCGUACUUGCCGCAAAAGCCGAAGAACAAAGUGCGAGCGUAGCUAGGGAUGACUCCGACUCGGACGAGGUCCCUCCUGCCCUGCUUGAGCGAGCGGCCAUGACACAGAGCUCAGAUGAAGCCCAGAGUGAUGAGGAUGGUGAAAAAUCUUCACCAAACAAGGUAGCUAAGAAAUGUCUAUUUUGGCUUACUAAGAACAGCCCAAUGUCACCGGAGAAGAUGCGCCGAAAACGUAAGCUGAUGGACCGCUCAUCUGAGUCGGAAUCGAGCAACAGAGCGGUCAAGUCUCGACAGGAAAGUGGGACCGAUUCCUCCAGUGAGGAUCAAGACUCGCAGAAGGAGAUACAACACUUGAACACAGUGAGGUCGAUAGGAAAGCCUCACCUCGUCAAAAGAGAGAAGAAAAGUGUGACGAGAAAACAGAGAAGAAUGGAGGCUGGGGAGUCCAAACGAAAGUCUCUUCAGGAUGUUACCGACUCAUCAUCCUCAUCAAGUGACGACGAACGAGAUGACGACUCUGGCAGUGAUGGGGAUGAUCAGAAGAUGAAGCCGAUCACGGAAGAUGUGGGUUCCCUCGGAGUCGCCUCAUUCCACCAGUCAUCAGGAGAUGAAGAGCAGUCUGGGCCCUCAUGGGCAGCCGAGGAUGACGAUGAUCCAGAAAAUAGAAUCGCUAAGAAAAUGCUGUUGGCUCAAAUUAAAGCCAACUACUCCUCCGGUGAUGAUAUUUCUUCGGACGACGAAACGCAGGACGAUCCAUCUGAGUCAGAGGGUGAUGAGGUCAAACGAGACAACAGGGAUGAUGGGACAAGUGAAUGUGGGAAAGACUUGGCUUCAGAAACAUCUGACAGCUCGUCUGAUGAGAAGUCCAACACCAGACACCACCUUCUUCGCCAUAAACUCAUCUUAGAUGAGGGAGCAUCAGGCGGCAAAACGGCGUCUGAGAGUGAAGUAGGAAUGCAGGAGGGGGAGAGAAAAGCCAGGAGGAAGCGUCAAACCUCUGAUACUGAAAGUACCGUUCAUAGUAGCGACUCAAAUGAACUAGUGGGAAUGAGCGAGGAGCUCAGCCAAUCAGAGGAGGAUGAAGAAAAGCUCUUCAGCUUACCCAAAACACAAAAGGAAUCUACUGACCUCAAGAAACAAGUGCAAUGCAUUUGGUUGUCUGAUUCCAGCAGUGGAAAGGAGGAUGAGGAGAACAGCGAAGGUAAAGGCACCCCCAAGGGACGCAAAAAGAUCCGGAAAAUCAUAGAAGAUGUGAACCUCCGCGCCGAGACUCAGGAAGCCCUGCGAGAGGAGGAGGAGAGACGAAAGCGUUUGGCAAACAGAGAUCAGCAGAUGGAGGACAGGAGAGUGAUAAUUGAAAUAGAGGAUGAGCUGUCUCAAGUAGUGUGCCCGGUCACAACCAAGCUGGUCCUGGAUCAGGACAAGGAGACCAAGAAUCCUCUCGUUCAGGUGCACCCCAACCUGGUUAAGAAACUGAAGCCUCACCAAGUGGACGGUGUUCAGUUUAUUUGGGACAGUUGUUGUGAGUCUGUAAAGAAAGCCAACUCCUCUCCCGGGUCAGGCUCUAUCCUGGCACACUGCAUGGGUCUGGGAAAGACUCUGCAGGUGGUAACGUUCCUUCACACGGUGCUGCUUUCACCAAACCUGAAAUUCAGAACGGCCUUGGUUGUGUGUCCCCUAAAUACUAUCCUCAACUGGAUCAGUGAGUUCAAGAAAUGGCAAAAAGACAUGGGUCAAGAUAGAGUCAAGGUCACGGAGCUGGCUACAGUGAAACGGCCCCUCGAACGACUCGGGGCUCUGCAGCGGUGGCAGAGAGACGGCGGUGUUAUGAUCAUGGGGUAUGACAUGUACCGCAUCCUGUCUCGCCAUAAAAUCAGCAACGAGGAGUUCAAGCGUGUUCUCGUGGAUCCAGGUCCAGACUUUGUGGUUUGUGACGAAGGGCACAUCCUUCGUAACGAAAACUCCAACAUCUCCCGGAUUAUGAAUGUCAUCAAGACACAAAGAAGAGUGGUGCUCACGGGCACGCCGCUGCAGAACAAGCUCGAUGAGUAUCACUGCAUGGUCAAUUUCAUCAAGAAGAACCUUCUGGGAUCUCUAGGUGAAUUCCGAAACCGCUUCAUCAAUCCCAUCCUGAACGGCCGCUGCGCCGACUCCACGCCGAGAGACGUCAAGAUCAUGAAGAACCGAGCACACGUGCUUCACUCGGUGUUGGCUGGAUGUGUGCAGAGAAGAGAUUAUUCAGAGCUGACCCAGUUUCUGCCUCCCAAGUAUGAGUACGUGCUGGCAGUGAGGGUUUCCCCACUUCAGUAUCGCUUAUAUAGCCACUACAUCCAACUAGUCACAAGACAGGACUCCACGUCCAACAAAGCCAAGCUGAGGACUGGAGCGAACCUUUUCAAGGACUUCCAGGUGCUCAGCCGGAUCUGGACCCACCCGUGGGGCCUUCAGCUCAGCCACCUCAACAGCGAAAACAAGGGAAAAGUUACCAAGAAGAAUCGAUUUAAGAACACGACUCCGUUAAGAAGUAUGGGAACAAUCAUGGCCAAGAGCGGUUGGAUGAACGACAGUGGAGGAACCAGUUCAGCGGUUACAGGCACAUCCAGCUGUUUCCCAGUGGGGGAAGGAGCGACGGCGUCCAACAGCCAGAGUCCUCAAGGUCCAGAUGAGCGCUGGUUCAAGCAUCUUAUUUCUCAAAGUGACGCUGAAAUCCUGGAGCAUUCGGGGAAGAUGGUGGUCUUGUUCAAAAUCCUCCAAAUGGCUGAAAACUUGGGUGACAAAGUGCUGGUGUUCAGUCAGUCCCUGGUCACACUGAACCUCAUCGAGAAGUUCCUCGAGGCUUCUCACCGCCGUAGAGCUCGUACUUCAUCUAAAGAAGGCAGCUGGAUUAAAAACCUAGAUUAUUAUCGUUUUGAUGGCUCCACCAGUCCACCAUUAAGGAAGAAAUGGACGGACAGCUUUAAUCAUUCUGCCAACGUCCGUGCCCGACUGUUUCUCAUUUCAACGAGGGCCGGGUCGCUCGGCAUCAACCUUGUGGCCGCUAAUCGGGUUGUCAUCUUUGACGCCUCGUGGAAUCCCUCCUACGACAUCCAGAGCAUAUACAGAGUGUACCGCUUCGGCCAGCUGAAGCAGGUGUAUGUGUACCGCCUCUUGGCUCAGGGCACCAUGGAGGAGAAGAUUUAUGAUCGUCAGGUAACGAAGGAGUCCCUGUCCUACCGAGUUGUCGAUCACCAGCAGAUUGAGAGGCACUUCACUCUUGUUGAGCUGACUGAACUCUACUCGUUUGAGCCCGACAUGCUCGAUGACCCGAACUCGAGGAAGAGCAAAAGACCCACCUCUGUUUUGCCAAAGGACGGCAUCCUGGCACAGCUGUUGGACAUCUGUAAGGACCAGAUAGUUUCUUACCACGAGCACGAAUCACUGCUGGACCACAAACAGGAGGAGGAGCUCAGUGAGGCUGAACGCAAGGCCGCGUGGGCUGAGUAUGAAGCCGAGUCGAACCCAGCCAACCCCGAAGCUAACGCAACCGUGGACACACUGCAGCAGAAGACCAAUGAGCAGCUUGUGGAACUGCUUAACAAAAGUAGAACAAACGUAGCGAUGGCCUUCCAGACGCUGCAGAAGAUACGUCCUCACACCCUUGAGGAGUACAUGGUUAAAGUGCAUCAAGAGCAUCCCCUGCUGUCUCAGGUGGAGGUGCGGAUGAAAGCUGAGCACUGGAAACAGUGUGAGGAGAAGAAGCAUGAUAUUGAUCGAGCCUUUUAUCGAGAUGCUCUUAAUCAGCAACAGACACUCACUUUCCAACUUCAAGCUAUUCUGACUACUCGAGGAAGGGGAAUGGUGAUGACACCUGUGAACCAGCCUGGACCGACAUGAGCGACACGUUGGCCGUAGUCCACAGGUGACCAACGCCAGUCCUCAAGGACUUCUGUCCUGCAUGUUUUAAACAUUUCCCUGCCUUUAACCCACCUGAUUCAAAUGAAUGGUCAUCGUUUGUUAGAAGGUCAACGCGAGGCUGUUGAUGGCUCGUUCAUUUGUAUCAGGAUACGUUGAAGCGGGGAAACGUCUAAAACGUGCAGGACAGCGGAAUGCAACGCUCCUGCCUUAGUGGGACAAGAUGUGACAUUAUUGAACGGCAUCACUCAAGUGAACUUAAUCCAUCCGUACUACUCUACAGAACUGAAUGUAUGUGUUAAUUCAUAAAAGUUUACAGGCCUCCAAACCUGCAAAAUAACAGCACUGUUUAACUAUUUUUUAAGGAGUUUUUUCUAUUUAGUAAUUCUUUGCACUAACACAGGGAUAUAACUUAAUUUCAAGGAUGUCUGUCAUUGUUAAUUGCUGCUUAUCAGAAAAUUGUACAAGGUUUUCAAUUAGAAUAAACCCUUCUUUUGAACUAAUAUUUUAUACCCAUUUCAAAUAAAUGUUUAAAAUGUUAAGAAAGCUUGCCUUUUUUU